UCGGGUGCGCCCUCCUCCUUUGCCUUCCCAGCCGGCUUCGCAAAGUUUGGCCGCGACGGGAGGGGGGCUCCCGGUUGCUCUUUCCCCCGCGGGGGUGCGCUCUGUCGAGGCGCGCACGGCUGCGCAGGACUCGGGGCUCUGGUAGAAGGCUCUUCCGUGGGAUUUAUCUUUCCAAGUGGAUUUGGCGAGGGGCUCUCUUUUUGGGGGUUGGAGGCGGGGGUGAAAGAAGAAGGGUGUCUCUUUUCUUUCUUUUUGGUCUGUUCUUUUCCCCUUUUUUGGGCAUCAUGGUUCCUUGGAUCGGGGCGCUGCUCGGGGCGCUGCUGGGUCUGCUGCUGUCGCUGCGCGCCGGAGCGGCGGACGCGAAAGCGCGGAGCUGCGGCGAGGUGAGGGAGGCGUACAAAGCCAAAGGAUUCAGCCUGCUCAACAUCCCCUAUCAGGAGAUCGCAGGGGAACAUUUGAGAAUCUGCCCUCAGGAAUAUACAUGCUGCACAUCAGAAAUGGAAGACAAGCUAAGCCAGCAAAGCAAACUGGAAUUUGAAAACUUGGUGGAGGAGACGAGUCAUUUUGUGCGCACAACCUUUGUGUCCAGGCACAAGAAAUUUGAUGAAUUUUUCCGAGAACUCCUGGAGAAUGCCGAAAGAUCUUUAAAUGAUAUGUUUGUACGGACAUACGGCAUGCUGUACAUGCAGAAUUCGGAAGUGUUCCAGGACCUCUUCAUAGAACUGAAACGGUAUUAUACGGGAGGCAACGUGAACUUGGAGGAAAUGUUGAAUGACUUCUGGGCUCGGCUAUUAGAGCGAAUGUUCCAGCUCAUCAACCCCCACUAUCAUUUCUCGGAGGACUACCUGGAGUGUGUAAGCAAAUACACAGACCAGCUUAAACCUUUCGGAGACGUGCCCAGGAAACUGAAGGUUCAAGUGACAAGAGCUUUCAUCGCUGCCAGGACCUUUGUUCAGGGGCUGACCGUAGGCAGAGAAGUUGCUAACAGAGUAUCUAAGGUCAGCCCUACCCCGGGAUGCAUCCGAGCCCUAAUGAAGAUGCUUUACUGCCCUUACUGCCGGGGACUUCCCACUGUGAAACCUUGCAACAACUAUUGCCUCAACGUAAUGAAGGGCUGCCUUGCAAACCAAGCUGAUUUGGAUACAGAAUGGAAUCUCUUCGUAGAUGCUAUGCUUUUGGUAGCAGACAGAUUAGAGGGACCAUUCAACAUUGAAUCUGUUAUGGAUCCUAUUGAUGUCAAGAUUUCUGAAGCCAUCAUGAACAUGCAAGAAAACAGUGUACACGUGACAGCAAAGGUCUUUCAAGGAUGUGGACAGCCUAAACCAGCUCCAGCUUUAAGAUCCUCCCGCUCUGUUCCGGAUACCUUUAAUACCCGCUUUCGACCCUAUAAUCCUGAGGAAAGACCAACAACAGCUGCUGGUACAAGUUUGGACAGGCUGGUAAUUGACAUUAAAGAAAAACUGAAGCUUUCCAAAAAGUUCUGGUCAACUUUACCAUACAGUAUCUGCAAAGAAGAAAGAGUGACAGCAGGCCUGUCCAAUGAGGAGGACUGCUGGAAUGGGCACACCAAAGCUAAAUACCUCCCAGAGAUCAUGAAUGAUGGGCUCACCAACCAGAUCAACAAUCCUGAGGUUGACGUCGACAUCACCAGGCCCGACACCUACAUAAGGCAGCAGAUCAUGGCCCUGAGAGUCAUGACGAACAAACUCAAGAACGCGUACAAUGGAAACGAUGUGAAUUUUCAGGACACAAGUGAAGAGACCAGUGGCUCGGGAAGCGGAAGCGGUUGCACGGAUGACAUUUGUCCCACAGAGUUUGAAUUCAUCCCCACGGACGCACCCCUCGUCGAUUCAGACAGAAGGGAAGAGGACUCGUCUUCAGCCAGCCAGCCCAGUUGGUCAGCACUCACGUGGUUUGUCAUCUGCCUGGUCCUCCUACUGCAAAAACAGUGCAGAUAAUCCUGGCUCUGGCCAGCGAUGACUGCCUUUUAGCUUUCGGGAAAUAAAAACAAAAACAGCCAACUUUCUCUUUUUCUUAUGCUCUUGGGCAACGGACCAUGCCACAAAUACUUACAGUUUUCUACUAGAAGAGAGAGGCACUGCAAACCUGCUCCCCUUUGUGCGUUUCCAAAGAGCACCAGGUGCCAGAGUGACCUUUCCCUGUUUCCUUCAGAUAGCUGUGAUGAAGACGCUGUCCGCUCCUCGGCGAGAUCUCACGUUUUUCUCACGUUUUUAUUACAGGAGACUUUUCAGAGCUUCAUUUGCUUUUAUGCUGCAGGAAGAAAAAGGGGGGGGGAGGCGGGAAAGGGUGAAGGGUACAAAGUGUGGGUUUUCCAUUACAAUGAAAAAAGAGAAGAGAAAUGAAAUAAAGAACGUCACACACACACACACACACCAAAAUCAAGCUAAGUCCAAGGUCCCCCAAAAUAGCAAAAUGUGACUUCAAACAUAUACAUAAAAAAAAAACAAGGAGUGCUUCUGUAUCGCACUUCAGAUCACCGAAAUGAUCUUUACUAUUGCGGGAGUGUCUUUUGAAUUUUUUUAUUAUUUGCACUCCAUUGGCCAUAAAUAGAAGACUUGCCAAGAGGUCCAAAACAAAAGCAGGAAUCAAGGAACAUCAUUUGUCUCAGAAUAUUCACGUUGUUUAGCACACUUCUUAUUUGAAUUCUAACACGCUUUGUCCUAGUUGGUUUUACCCCUUAGCCAUGGUAUGUAAUUGACAAAGGCCCAUCACCAUCUGGUUUGUAGCAAAGUCUUAACAAUGCUUGAAAAGUUUUAACUCGAGGGUUUUGACAUAAAAAACUAAUUUCUUGCGAUAGAAUCUCUCCUUUUUCUUUAGCUGCAGGUUUGGCAUCAAGCAGAAAUUCCUGCAACUGUGUUCAUUACCUUAACCAAAUGGCAGUUUUCCAAGGAACUCAUAACAGUAAUUGGAUCAAUAUGUUAGUUUUGCAUAGAAACGGCAUCCUUCGUAUCUAUUAGUUUCUGUAUCAGAAGGGAACUCUGUUGCUAAAACGUCAACACAAGUAUAAUAUAUAUAUAUAUAGUAGUGACAUGGAAAAUUUCUUUCACUUUUUUAGUCUUAGUAUGAUCAUCUAUUUUUAUAUAUAUGAAUAUUAUAUAUAUAUAUAUAAAUCACAGGUUUUAACUUCUUAAUUACAAGCUCAGGGUUGACACAUCUUUGUAUGGGGGGAAAAUGUUUUGUCAACCGGCUUUUAUUUUUGUUGUUCUGCUUAGGAAGAGUCGUCUUUUCAUGACUGGCAAGUGCAAGAAUCAGAAAGGCAACUUUCCUGCAUUUUCAUUGAUUCAUUUCUUUACGGAGUUGCAAGGGGGUGUCUCUCUCCCUCUUCUGUGUCUGUGCAUUUGCGUGAGCACGUGCAACGCAGACAUGGAAAUGCAGUGCGACUUUGUGGUGAUAAUUUGUACUCUUGUGUGCUUCCUUCAAAAGCCAAUUUGACUGCCUACUUGAUGAUAGCAGCCCCAGGAUGUGUCUGGGUAGCAGGAUCUGACGUAAAAGAAAGUGUUCGAGCCCUGGGCUGUGAUCCUGUUCCCAUACGCAUAAAUAUUACGCUCCUUUGCUGCACUGCUAUUGGCGAUCCUAUUGAUAAUGUCUGAAAAGCCUCUGUGUGUUGUAUCACACCUGUGUACCAGGAAUGGCGAGGCUAAGACAUUAGCAUGUUGCAAGGUGAGAUCUCAGAGGCACUGCUGGCAAAUAGAAGCAGCAGGGGCUAGGAUAUCAGCAUAAAUUCUAACCCCCCCCCUUGCCAUGCUAGGCAUAGUGUAAAGGUAGCAUGGCAAGGGAGGGGGGAGAUUUAUGCAGAUGUCCUAGCCAUGUUCAGAGGGCCCAGGAUCACAACCUAAUAAUAAACAUGAGUGAGCAGGCCCAAACCGGAUCCUUGCUACCUUACAUGGCUAUACAGAAAUCCAAGUGAGUUCAAAAGGGCUUACUCCUGUGUCAAUAGGUAUAGGAUUACAGCCUCAUUGAAAAGGGAUUUGUUACAAAUAGGUGGCCCAGUUUGGAUUGCUCUUCAAGCAGAGAGAGAGAGAGAGAGAGAGAGAGAGAGAGAGAGAGAGAGAGAGAGAGAGAAGUUGGUGGAACACUUUCAAGGAAGCGGCUCACAUUGCUGUUAAGGCUUUGACCGUAUAAAUUGUACAUGUUUCAAAAUAAUUGUCUCCUCAUCUCAUUAUAAUUAGCUAUCGAUUUAGUAAUAAAAGUAGUAGGCACACAGCACAAAUGUAUAAAGUAUACUUAAGCACUUUUAACACUCCCCUUUCCCCCUAAAAUGAGCAUAUAUGCAGCUAACAAUUAAAUGCUAUGUCCCGUAAGUAAACAAAAGGCAGAGGUUUUGAUUCUCAAAAAGAGGUUUAUUCUGGGUUUAUUAUUAUUUUUAUUAUUUAAAAUUUUAUAACCCCCCCAACCCUGUCACCCCUAUUCGCAGUUACAUGGUGGUAGUGGUGGUUGCUUAAGUAAAGGCACCUUUUGACUGUACAUCAGCUGUUGAAUCUUUCUUGAAUUGAACAUUUUUAUAGGUUACACACAAAUUCAGAAUCUCUAGUUGAGAAUAUGGAUAUAAUGGACUGCCUUGUUGUAUGCGAUUCGGCCAAUGGUCCGUUUACUAUCUGCUCUGGCUGGCUGGCUGCAGCUCUGUCUCAGGUAGAGACUACUUGCAGACCGUUUCUUAAGGGGUUUUUAACUGAGCAUGUGAGUGGUUGAACUUAGGGCCUUAUAUGCACCUAUCCUGUCCCACUGAGGAAUGGCCCUUCCCUUCACCUGCCUAAGGUGUUAAGAAAAAGGAUGCAGUAAACACCAUAGGCUGAUUCCCCACAAGUAACUUCGUCUACCUAUUAAUGCUAAACCAUCUUCCUUGUCACAGAGAGAGCCAGCAGUUAAUCACCCUACAACUAAUUGUAUCCCAUUUAUUUUUAAGUUUCUUGAUUUAUGUUUAUCAUCUUGAUUUAUGUUUAACAUCUUAUCUUGUAGCUCAGCCUUAUUAUCCUUGGGGAUGCCAGUGACGCUGUGGUCUAAACCACUGAGCCUCUUGGGCUUGCCAAUCAGAAGGUCGAUGGUUCAAAUCCCUGCGACGAAGUGAGCUCCCGUUGCUCUGUCCCAGCUCCUGCCAACUUAGCAGUUCAAAAGUACGCCAGUGCACAUAGAUAAAUAGGUACCACUGUGGUGGGAAGGCAAACAGCAUUUCUGUGUGCUCUGAGUUCCGUUGCGCCAGAAGCGUUUAGUCCUGCUGGCCACAUGACCCGGAAUGCUGUCUGUGGACAAACACCAGCUCCCUUGGCCUGAAAGCGAGAUGAGCGCAGCAACCCCAUAGUUGCCUUUGGCUGGACUUAACCAUCCAAGGGUCCUUUACCUUUACCUUUUUUUAAAAUCCUUGGACACUUCAGUACACUUAUCCAGCAUGUUCCAGCAUGCCAGGAUUCUUCUUGGGCCUUUUCCAAUGUAAUGAAAUAUUGAUAAAACAGAGUCCAGUUUCACUUUCAUCUAAUUAUGCUAUAGGUAAAUAUAAUAUAACCCCAUGUAUCCUCGUCUGCUACUCCACAUUACAACUCCUUAACACAAUUGAGACAAGUGGCAAGAGAAAUCGUAGAGCCCUGUUUUUUAAAAAAAACAAAACAAAACACAUAGUCCACUCUGUCAUUUGCCUUCUUCUAAAAUGCUUUCCUCUUCACAGACAUUUCUAAGGGAAGGCAUUGUGGGGCUGCUCUCCACUCCGUUGCCCCUUACUGCAGACUCUACCCACUUCUGGGCAAUCGGACAGUCUUGCCUUGAUACUAGAACUGUAAGGCAACUUCUGCUGUGUGGAACGAUAUCGUUCCACUGAUGUUUGUAGGAAGGAACCACAUGGGCCAAAGAUGACUGGUGCGGUUACUUUUCCCCUACCAGCUGAUACACGAAGGUGCCGCUUCACUGGCCUGUCACAGAUGCUUCCUUUCUACGAACAUUAACAGAGCCAUGUGAGAUCCAGUCGCAUUGAAAGGGUGCUCACAACCGCACUGCAUUAACAUACGACUUGGUCUGAGUAUUCAUAGAGAUGGUAGUAACCUAGCUGCAUAUUCAGCGUCGCAAGAGAACAAAUGGUGAUGAAACGAGGAGCAUGCAGCCCUAGUGAGUUUCUCAAGAGAGGGCAAUUUUUAUCUGGAUUCAGGAUGGCAUCCAUUCACGAAGAUGCUAGGUGCUAUGCAAUAGUAAUGGUUCUACUUCCCCACCCUGAGACUGGCAUUGGCUGAGGAUGCCAGGUAACAUGGAAAUAAGUUAACAUGCCUCCAUCCAUCAUAUUUUGCUCAUAGUUCAUUGAUUAGCAUGUGAGUUAAAUCAGGGAUGAGUUUGUCCGGUCGUAGUUCUCUGUUUAUUUCUCCACAGUAGAUAUGGUGAUCGCUUUGUGCGAGAUGUGCACAUAAUUCUCCAAUAUUCCCUAAAGCUUGAAUUGUCUCUUUUUUCCACACCUCAGAUUGUCUUGGAAUGUGAAGGAGCUAUUAAAUCUACGGAGCGUGUUGGAUUUUGGAGUUAGGAAAUAAAAAUUUAAAAACCUG